UGGCCUGCCUGGGGCGCGCGGCUUGUUUUGGUUUUCCUUCCGCUUGCCCGGCGUAGCUUCGGUGAGCUGCUGCCCUUCCCGGGCUCCACCGCCUUCUGCAUCCCCGCUGGUCUUCGGGCUCUCUCGGCCCGCGCUCUUAGGAGCCCCUCGGGGCGGCGUCUUGUCAUGCCGCUGGUGCGCUACAGGAAGGUGGCCAUCCUCGGGUACCGCUCCGUAGGGAAGACAUCUUUGGCACAUCAAUUUGUGGAAGGCGAGUUCCUGGAAGGCUACGAUCCUACAGUGGAGAACACUUUCAGCAAGACAGUGACUCUUGGCAAAGAUGAAUUUCACUUACAUCUAGUGGACACAGCGGGCCAGGAUGAGUACAGCAUUCUGCCCUAUUCCCUUAUCAUUGGGGUCCAUGGUUACGUCCUGGUGUAUUCUGUCACCUCUCUGCAUAGCUUCCAGAUCGUUAAGAGCCUGUACCAAAAGCUCCAUGAAGGCCACGGUAAAACUCGGUAAGUGGCCCUAGGAAGCCUGCCGGUGGUGCUCGUGGGGAACAAGGCAGAUCUCUCUCCAGACAGAGAGGUGCAGGCCGUUGAUGGGAAGAAGCUAGCCGAGUCUUGGGGUGCGACGUUUAUGGAGUCAUCUGCUCGAGAGAAUCAGCUAACUCAAGAGAUCUUCAUCAAAGUCAUCCAGGAAAUUGCCCGUGUGGAGAAUUCUUACGGGCCAGACCGCCGAUGCUAUCUCAUGUGAGCUCUUGACAUGGACUAGCUGCCUCGUUUCUGCUGCAGGCAUUUUCCAGCCUGCAGUGGGGGGCAGACCCUCGGGACUCAACUGGCAUGGAUGCCAACUAUGUCCCUGGCCCUCUAGGCACACACAGUGUGGUACCUUCAUUUUG